GGCAAGCCGACAAGUCCUCCAACCCUCCGACACUAUGAAGCUCAGUAGUUUCCAAGCCCUUCUGGUCGCUGCUGCCUCGCUGGCUACUUGUGCCACAGCUGACUUUAAAAUCACCCCGGACCGCACCGUGAAGGCGACUGCCUCGAAGAAGAACCUGAACUUCGUCAAGCAAUGGACGCUGAGCGCCGGCGAUAAGACUAACGUCAUCGACUCGAUUGAUCUAAGUCUUGCUGGCAAUGCGUACGUGAGCUACGUCGAAGGUCUCCCCGCCGACGUCAUUGGAUACGUGAACGUGUCUGGUGACUCGCGCGCUCUCGUCAAUGCCGUGAGCGUUAGCAAGGAUGUCCUUAACGCCGUUGAAAGCGAGCUCGAUGACUUGUUCGGCAACGACAACGACGGAGGAGAGCUCAACGUCUGGCUUAGCCACCAGGCCUCCAGCGGCUACCUGCUUACUGAGAUCUUCUUGGCUUCCCCCGAUGCCGUGACGGAGCUGAAGAGCCAGCGAUCGGCUAAAGUCGUCGUCGAGGACGGUGUGCUAGUGAAGAAGGGGCGUCGCUCUGAGCUCCAGAUUGACGCGACCGGCUCCAGUGCCGUGUACGUUUCAUCUCCGGAGACUGAUGUGAGCGUGAACCAGCUCAGUUUGGAGACGACGGGCUCUGCUAGCAUUGAAUACAACGUGAAGAGCAUCGCCGCUCGCACUGAAUUGCAGAUGGAUGCACAGGGUUCUUCGAGCAUCACGGUGCUCGCCAACACCGUCCAGACCGGACAGCUGGAGCUCGAUGCCGCGCCAUCGGGUGCGAUUUGCAUUUCUUCGAAGGUGGUGAAGGCAACGCUGCGAGACAUUCAGGGCAAGGACCAGAUCUCCAUGCCCAGUGCUGCUGAGAAGUACGGCACCACGGGCACGGAAGUUUGUGAGGAGGCGACGCUGCCUUCCCGUGGGGCUGGAAAGGUGACUGCUGCCAACAACCGCCUUAGCAACCUCCUAUAUGGCAUCGACAACGACAAUGACGCCGAUGACGCCAACGACUCCACAGAGAACUAAUUCCAGUAGGAAAGUGAUUGCAUCGUUUUAAGUCAAAUUUUACAUUGACCAUUUCUUGUUAA